CCUUCUGUCUGUCUGUCUCUGUCCCGUGAUCAAUAAUCCAGAAGGCACUCGUCAAGUAAGUCAACCGCCACCCACGCGGAAGACUCUUCCCCUCUGGGCCCCACAUUAGCUCCUGGGCCAGCCAAUCAACUGAUCGAAGCAUCCCAAGCCCCAAAAUUCCACAGCCGACCUCCCUCACUCCCAUUUCCGACCACGACCCUUGCUCCUCUCCCCGCCACCAGCGGCCACCUUCCCCAGCUCUCUGCAGUCCACCCUACGGAUAAAAAAAAAAAAAAAAAAAGAAGAAGAAGCAAUCCAAGUAAACGAUGUCGUUUCUUAGGAGGAGAAAACCACCAGAAAACCAAAAGCCUACCCCUCCUCAGCCAGAACCAGAACUGGAAGAGGACGACAACAAGAAAAAGGAGCUAACACCAAACAAGAAAAUCCCCAAAAAAGCUGAGGAAAGGGUGAAAUGGUCGUGCUUGGACAACUGCUGUUGGUUUGUUGGCUGCGUCUGCACGGUCUGGUGGGGCUUGUUGUUCUUAUACAAUGCGAUGCCGGCGUCCAUCCCGCAGUUCGUGUCGGAGGCAAUCACAGGGCCGUGGCCGGACCCACCUGGGGUUAAAUUGCACAAGGAAGGAUUAAAGGCCAAGCAUCCGGUGGUUUUUGUCCCCGGAAUCGUCACCGGCGGACUCGAGCUUUGGGAGGGCCAUCAGUGUGCUGAAGGGUUGUUUCGAAAGAGGCUAUGGGGAGGCACUUUUGGAGAAGUCUACAAAAGACCUUUAUGCUGGGUUGAGCACAUGUCUCUGAACAAUGAAACUGGUUUGGAUCCUCCUAGUAUAAGGGUCAGGCCUGUCCCUGGACUUGUUGCUGCAGAUUACUUUGUUCCUGGAUACUUUGUCUGGGCUGUUCUAAUUGCUAAUUUGGCUCGAAUUGGAUAUGAGGAGAAAACCAUGCAUAUGGCUGCGUAUGAUUGGAGAAUCUCAUUUCAGAACACCGAGGUGCGUGACCAGACACUGAGUCGGAUUAAAAGCAAUAUAGAACUAAUGGUUGCUACAAAUGGUGGCAAAAAGGCAGUUGUAGUUCCACAUUCCAUGGGCGCCCUAUACUUUCUGCAUUUUAUGAAAUGGGUAGAAGCACCAGCUCCAAUGGGUGGUGGUGGAGGACCAGAUUGGUGUGCCAAGCAUAUAAAGGCUGUCAUGAACAUUGGAGGACCAUUUUUAGGUGUUCCUAAAUCUGUCUCUGGGCUUUUCUCUGCUGAGGCCAGGGAUAUUGCUGUUGCCAGGGCCAUUGCACCAGGUGCUCUUGACAAGGAUUUAUUUCACAUUCAGACCUUACAAUACAUAAUGAAGAUGACACGAACAUGGGAUUCGACAAUGUCAAUGAUUCCAAAAGGUGGUGACACCAUUUGGGGUGGUCUUGAUUGGUCACCUGAAGAAGGCUACCUUCCCAGUAAGAGGAAAAAGCACAGAUCGAACGCUGCUGACUGCUCAGCUGACAAUGAGAAUGUCAGCACAGAAUCUAAGGCAAGAAAUAUCGUCAAUUACGGAAGGAUAAUAUCAUUCGGAAAAGAUGUGGCAGAAGCACAUUCUUCUGAGAUCAAGAAGAUUGACUUUAGGGAUGCCGUUAAAGGUAGCAAUACUGCAAAUAAUACUUGUCGUGAUGUCUGGACAGAGUAUCAUGACAUGGGUUUGGUUGGCAUCAAAGCUGUUGCAGAAUACAAGGUUUAUACAGCUGGAGAACUUGUAGAUUUGUUGAAUUUUGUUGCCCCCAAAAUGAUGGCACGUGGCAAUGCGCACUUCUCCUAUGGAAUAGCUGAUGACCUGGACGACCCUAAGUAUGCGCACUACAAAUAUUGGUCAAACCCAUUGGAAACAAAGUUGCCAAACGCUCCCGAAAUGGAGAUCUACUCAAUGUAUGGAGUCGGUAUCCCAACUGAGAGAGCAUACGUUUAUAGGCAGUCCCCUUCCUCAGAAUGCUAUAUUCCCUUCCAGAUUGAUACGUCGGCAGAUGAAGAUGACAAAGAUAAGCGUUUGAAAGAUGGUGUUUUUACUGUCGAUGGGGAUGAGACAGUGCCUGCUUUAAGUGCAGGUUACAUGUGUGCAAAAGGGUGGCGGGGGAAAACUAGAUUCAAUCCUUCAGGAAUCAAAACUUAUGUAAGGGAGUAUGAUCAUGCUCCACCGUCUAAUCUUCUUCUGGAGGGUCGUGGCACCGAGAGUGGUGCGCAUGUUGACAUAAUGGGUAAUUUUGCUCUUAUCGAGGACAUUAUCAGGGUUGCUGCCGGGGCUACCGGCGAGGAGUUGGGAGGUGAUCAGGUGUACUCAGACAUCUUCAAGUGGUCUGAGAAAAUUAAACUACCUCUAUAAGAUGACAUAUAUAUGAAUGCAGGCGAAGACAAAUUUAAAUGCCCUUAGCAUCUGUGGUUGUGAUUUUACACUGGAAUUCAUGCAGCGGUCUUUCUGGAAGUGGUCUGAUUUUACAGUUUUUGUGGUAAUCCAAAUUUCUUUCUCCCAAUUUGUAUGCCCAAGAUACUUUUUCAUUCACAGCUUCACACAAAUAUUCAAAAUGUUAUGCAACAUUCAUUUAUGGGGUCCUUCUUAAUCU